UCACUGAGCAACAAAAGAUGCAGCUCGAAAAUUCCAGCUUUGGUUUGUACAGACUCUGCUUUGUUGUCCUUUCUCGUGUGUUUGUUCUCUUCUGCUGCCGUGUUCACACUUAUCUCUCUCUCUCACGUCUCUCUCUCUCUCACCAUCUCUCCCCCUCCCUCUCUCUCUCUCUCUGUCUCUCUGUCUAUUUCUUUCAAACUCAUGCACAUUCUCUCUUUUUCCUCGUGCGGUCCAUGAAAGGGUUUCUGCCUCAAACGAAGCAGUUCAGAGGCGAGUGAACUCGCUGAGUUGCUCAAAAGCCCUUCGGACCGUCACAAUGAACUCCAGAGCUUUGGUGGACUGGACCGUCGUCUUCACGUCCUUCAGUGCUGACCCUGAACCUAGGUUUUUGGUUUGAACCUUCUGCUGAUCUGGAGCCCCAGUAAAUCCUGGUGAGCUGGACAAUGAUUGAGCAACAAAGUGCAGAAGAUGGCGGCGUUGGUGGCUGUGGACACGUGGACGUCCUGAGCACUGAGGACCUCGAGUGUAAGAUCUGCUACUGGGCGUACAACCUCGGUAGUCGCAAGCCAAAAGUUCUGGAUUGCUGCCACCGCCUGUGCGCCAAAUGCCUUGCAAAGAUCCUCGAUCUGGGUGAGUCACCUCCAAACGCUACGGUGUGCCCGUUCUGCCGCUACAUCACCAGACUCCCAGGAGAGGCGGUGAGCAGUUUGCCGGACGACCGUAACUUGGUGGCGUUGCUGUCCCUCCAAAGCAGGAACCAGAGGAACCUCCACUUCCAGCCAGAGUCCACCAGAGAGCUGCUCCUUAGCCCCAAGCACCUGAGCUCGCUGAUGGGUAGCAACACACCCAUGAUGUCCCCUUCCACUUCCUCUGCCACCACCUACUCCUCCAUCAGGAGCUCCCCUAACUUUGUGGUUAUCACUAUCAUGGAGCCACCUCCGGUGCCGGCCUCAAACCAGGACCUGCGUGUCCUCCACCCGCGCUACCACUCGUCCAGCCUUGACUCCAUAGCGUCCAUCGCGCAGAGGUGGACAGUAUGGACCUGUGCAGCACUUCUGUGCCAGACCUUGGCCCGGGCACUGGUGUGGCUGCUGGGGCUGCUGUACUUCAGCUCUCUGCCCAUGGGGGUUUAUCUGCUCAUCAUGCAGAGAACAACGCUCGGGGUUCUGCUGGUGAGCCUGGUUCCUGCCAGCCUUGUCAUGGUCAUGGUGUAUGGAUUCUGCCAGUGUGUCUUCCAUGAGUUCAGGCACUGUAUUCCGCCAUAGUGGUGGCAGAUGGACGGACAAUGGUUUGCUUUGAACAUGCUUGACAAUAGAUGUCCAGAAUCCACUAAUGGGGCUGUAACAGUGUAACUGUCCACACGGACAUUUACUCCAGUGGCAAAAAAAACAAUCCUUACUGGAUCUCAGCGUGACACAUUUAGUGAGAUUUAUGUGAGGAAUCUAUCUCUAUAUCUUGAGAACAUGUUCACGUCUUUAUCUCACCGUUAGACACACUUUUACAACAGGA